AUGCAGGAGGUCCUUGACCUUGUUGAGCAGAUCGCGCCGACUGAAGUGCCUGUUUUCAUCACAGGUGAGACAGGUGUCGGUAAAGAAGUCGUUGCACAGGCGAUACACGAAAAGAGUCCACGCAAAAAUCAACCCUUUGAAGCCAUCAACUGUGGCGCAUUUUCCGGGGAACUCCUUCUGAGUGAACUUUUUGGGCAUGAAGAAGGAAGUUUUACUGGCGCUAUACGGCGCAGACGCGGGAUGUUGGAGCGCGCAAAUGGGGGGACCCUAUUCCUAGAUGAAGUCGGUGAAAUGUCAGGUGAGACGCAAGUGACAUUGCUCCGGGCAUUGGAGGAACAAGAGUUCACGCGGGUCGGCGGGGAGGCAGUUAUUACAGUCGAUGUCCGUAUCGUCUCCGCGACGAAUGCGGAGCUUGACAAAAUCAGAGAGGAUUUAUAUGAACGUAUUGCGACUAUCCCGAUCCAUAUUCUUCCGCUACGUGAACGCCGCGAGGAUAUUCCGCCCUUAGCUGAGAGUUUCCUCUCGGACUUCAGAGAGAAAUACAAUAAACCAAUUAAUAACAUGGCACCUGCAGUGCUCUCUCAACUCCAAGAUGCCGACUGGCCACGGAAUGUGCGACAACUCAGAAAUGCUGUUGAGCGCGCUGUCGUUUUAGCGGAUACUGACGAACUAAAAUCCAGCGACUUCCUAGAUGCCCCUGGCGACCCCAAACAUUUCGCGAAUCUGGGCGUUGUCAGAGGUGGGCGUCGCAGAGAAUACGAAAGAUGGAUACCAUCCCAGAUGCGCUCUGGUACCGAAACCUCUGAAGUCAACAUAGACGAAGCAAAACAGUUGUAUAACUUCAUUUUGGAACUCAAAAUCAACAUUAGACGCGAUCACAACGCAUAUUUUUCAGAUGGUCUAUAA